AUGCCAAACACUUAUACGUCUCAUAAUACGUUACUAAUUCGAGUAGAGGACGAUCACGAAGAGGAAUCACAAGCCCAUUAUCAAAGUACAUUAUCCCCAAACCAUACAAGUCAUUCCGACACCCAUCGUCAAGAACACAUGACAGCAAAACACUCAUCACAAACUCAACGCAGCAAGCCAAAUUUAAAAGCAGCUCGCUCAUUUGAUUACCCUGCUCUAUCGACCAAAUGUCCACCAAAUUCACUUAGACCCGUAAGUACAACUGUUCCCUCAACACCGUCAGUUCCCAAAUCUUUUCUUCUGCCUAAAAAAAAACCUUCAUUGAAUAGGUUGAAUAUAAGAUCACAAGUGUUCAAGAGACAAAACUUGCAAAGAAACGUAGUCAAUAGUCCACAGUUUGAUCAGGAAUCGAGUGAGGUAGAAUUGGACGACGACGAAUUGACUUCAUUGCGCACCUCUAAGGCUAGUGACUCCAUCAUUUCACAUAUCAGGGACAGCUUAAUAGAUCCCAUACAGUCGUUGAGGAACUAUUACAAUGACUUUACAACUAUAGAUUGGACAAAGGCGUAUCUUAAAGGAAACCAAUUCAAUUACUCGUUGGAUAAGGGCGAAUGGAUUGGAUACGGCAAGACAAAUGAGUUGGACAACUACACUAACAAUAAACGAAUCCCCUUCUUGCAGAAACAAUACUACAUAUUGGGUAAAUGGAUAUUGAUUAUCCUUAUUGGUCUAUUCUUUUCACUUAUCGCUUUCAUGAUUGAUAAAGUUGAGAUAUUGUUAGUGGGAGUCAAAUAUGGGUACUGUAGAACUAACUGGUUUGCAAGUCAAGUAUCAUGCUGUGCUGAUAAGGUACAAACCGAGGCGAGUGGUCAACUUUUUGCAGCUGUUGAUGAACCACGAUGUUCUGAUUGGAUUAACUGGUCUCAAUUAUUCCAUAGCUUUUAUUUUGGGAAUAUAAUUCGAUGGGAUUUUAUUGUAUACGUCGCGUUAACCGUCGCUUUAGCUAUAUGUGCGUGCUUGAUCACGUUAACCACGAAAAUAACGACAGGCAUCGAAAAGGAGACUACAAAUGGUGAAAAUUAUCCAAAACCCCAACUUGAAACACCUCAUUUACAGAUCAAGCAACGGAUAAUUUACACAGCCAUGAGUUCAGGUGUACCCGAAGUUAAGAUAAUACUUUCGGGAUUCGUUAUACGUCGAUUCCUUGGUGUUUAUACCCUAUUCACAAAGUCAGUGGCUCUCAUAUUGGCAAUUGCAUCAGGUAUGUCGUUGGGUAAAGAAGGUCCUUAUGUUCAUUUGGCAACAUGUGUCGGUAACAUCACUUCACGAUACUUUCCUUUCAUCUAUACAAAUGAUUUUUUUGAAAAACAGAUAUUGUCAGCAAGUGCGUCUGCUGGAGUAGCACUAGCUUUUGGAUCUCCUUUAGGUGGUGUCCUCUUCAUCUUGGAAGAGAUAAAUAACCAUUUACCUAAUCAUCACUUGUUUCAAGUAUUCUUUUGUGCAAUUAUAUCCACAUUGUUUUUAAAAGUGUUGGAUCCGUAUGGUACAGGCAAAACAGUGUUAUUUGAACUCAAAUACUAUUCAGAUUGGAGACCAAUUGAAUUCCUUUUCUUUGUCAUACUAGGUGUCGCGGGUGGGGUAUUUGGUGCAUGUUUUGUCAAAUUUAUCAAGUGGUGGCCAAGGGUAUUCCGGAAACAUCGCAUAAUCAAACAAAAUCCAAUUCUUGAAGUUGGUAUUAUUGCAUUGGUGACAGGGCUAAUCACAUUUUGGAACCCUUACACCAAACAGGCAUCAUCAGAAUUAGUCUUGGAUCUCGCUACUUCAUGUUCAGGUAGGGAAUUAGAUCGUUCGUUAUGUCCAACUACAAGUCAUGAAUAUUUGCAUGAACUUUGGUCAUUAUCGUUUGCACUCUUAGUCAAAAUCGUUUUGACAUUUGUUACGUUUGGAUUGAAAGUGCCAUGUGGUAUAUAUGUGCCAUCAAUGGUUGUUGGUGCCUUGUUUGGCCGAAUAUUUGCAAUGUCGAUCCAAUGGAUCAGUUUGUGGGCCAAUAGUGGCAACGAGAGUUUGGGUGAUGGAGUAGGGGCAUAUGUUUUUGAAUUACUUACAUGUGGGUCAACACUAGUAUCAACAUCCACGAAUUGUAUUGACUUGGGUAUCUAUUCCAUGAUUUCCGCUGGGGCAUUUAUGGCUGGUGCAACUCGAAUGAACAUCACCAUAGUCGUCAUCAUGUUUGAAUUGACUUCGUCAUACACUUAUGUACUACCCAUUGCUAUUGCCAUUUCUGUCGCCAAUUGGUCAGGUGGAUUAUUGGAGAAGAACUCCAUUUAUGAAUCGGUAUUGAUUAACAACGAUUAUCCAUUUAUGGCAUCGGAUACAGAACCGGUUGACCCUAGAGCGCGAGUCAUUGACAUAAUUGACGGUGCUCUCAUUUUCGCUCCAGAAAAGUCCAGCUCUUCCUCCAGAAGCAAGGGUAACCAUAUUUAUAUUGAUUUGACUCAUCUGGGCUUUGUAUCAACUACCGUUCUAGAGGAAAAGCUUCACAUUCUAGCUAGCCACAACCUAUUGGAUGGUUGUAUUCCAAUCAUCAAGAAUAGAACAUGUUUGGGACUCAUUUACUUUGCUGAUUUGGAAAUUUGUCUUGAUCGAAUUAAUGCAUACCUAGAGGAAUGUGGCGUAAUCCAACGAGAAGUUGGCGAAAUUUACUGCAGAUUGAUCAACUAUUCUUCUCCAUCUCCCCAACAUAUAAUUUACGAAAAUGACUAUUUUUCUUAUGGAUCUACAGCAUCACUGGAUGAACUGCUGUUACUUGAUGAAUUAACAGAUCUCACUCCUUACGUUGAUACUCAUCCAUUAUUCAUUAGCGAAGAAUCGCCAUUAAGCUUCGCCAGUUUGAUUUUCGAACGCGUUGGGAAUCGAGUCAUUGUGUUAUUGAACAAAGAUGAUGGCUCUUGUUGUGGUGUAUUGCAUAAAAAGGUUUUGGUUGAUUAUUUACGUCGAGGAGAAUGUAAAGAGGAAUGA